AUGUUGAUCCCCACUCUUCUUAUACUCUCUCUUCUCUUUGCGACAUCGUCUGCAUCUGUGCACGACUUUUGUGUAGCUGAUUUGUCACAGUCCGACACUCCUUUAGGUUUCCCAUGCAAAGAUCCCAAGAAAAUAACGGCAGAUGAUUUUGCUUUCUCGGGCCUUGGUGAACCCGGGAACACGACCAAUCCCAUCAAUGCUUAUGUCACUCCAGCAUUCACUCCCCAGUUUCCGGCUGUGAAUGGGCUUUGGAUAUCCAUGGCUAUACCGAUGCACACUCACCCUGGAGGCACGGAAAUGUUGUAUCUCAUCAAAGGGACUACUUGUGUUGGAUUCAUAUCGUAUGAUAAUACUUUGUAUGCCAAGACGAUAAAAGAAGGGGAUACUUUUCUUUUUCCACAAGGGCUGGAACACUUUAUAAAAAAUUGUGGUACGAAACCCGUAUUUGGAAUCACUAGCUUCAGUAGUUCGAUGCCGGGAAUGCAAUUACUAGAACUGAUGUACCAACGAAAGUGGUGUCUGGGACAGCUUUAUUGGAUUCAGCACAAGUUAAGAAACUCAAGGGUGUUCUUGGUGGGUUUGGUUAAGGUUGCUUUUGGGUUUCAAGUUCUUGAUUUACUCUCAUCUUGUUGUCGUUUGUUUGUUGUAGUACCAAGCAUCUAG